AUGGGUGACUUGACUAUUGUGUCUUUAAUCAACUCUUUCGUUACAUAUAUUCAAAAUAUUGCAAUUUCAUUAGGGUUCUUCAAACUCCAUCCUCCACAUUGGCUCAAAUUAACUGUUGAUUUGAUAAUUCAUUUUGUUACAACAAUAUUCGAUUAUUAUAAUACAUUAACUCAAUUAGAUCAAUCAACUAAACUCGUUGCAAAUUGUAUUAUUUUUCCAUUCGCAAUAUUAUUUUUGGGUCAAUUUUUUAUGGGAGGAAUGGGUAUCAUAAAAGGAAUUUGGUUCAUAAUUGGAGGAUUUGCAUUUGGAUUAGGAAUAAUAGAUCUUGUCUUGUCAAAAGGAAUAUUAAUAAUUUGUCUAGGAGCUGGUGCUACUAUUAUAGUAACUGGAGUUUAUCUUAAGUUAUUUGGUUGUCAUCUAUCUGAAGAGCAUAUAGGAUUCGAACACCUUCCAAGAAGUUGUUUUUUGGGUUUUUUGCAUAUAAUUUUAGGCGGAAUGUUUUUGACUUCUGGUGUUUUAUUUUGUGGCAUUAUCAAAAAAUUUUAUUACUUGAAAGAAGAAUUUUUCCCAACUGGUGCGAUAAUUCAUUUCAUUAUUGCAGCAUUCUUUUUUGUUUAUGGAAUCCUUCGGAUGACAAAAUGCGGUGCUAAUACUAUUACAAAAAUCAAAUACUUCUUAAGGGUGAAUAUCAUGAAAGUCAUCUUUAUUAUUUUAAAUGCAAUUUAUUUGCCAAUUUUCCAAACUAUUUUGAAUUCAAUGAUGACAAUUAAAGAUGUCUGCCCGGAAGGAACUAAUCCAUAUUCCUAUUAUGGUAUUGCAUACUUUUCAAAGUACUUUUCUUGUAUUGAAGUAGAAAACAUUUCCCAAAGUAAUAAUGAAAAAAGGUUUAGAUUUAAUCUUGCAACAACAGCAAAAGAUUGGUAUAUAAGUAUGGCUGGUCCACUUCUUUUUUGUAUCAUUUUUAAUACAAUCUUUUAUCCAUUAUUAGUCUAUUUUAUCAUCAAAUUCAUGCAUAAUGAGGUUGGAGAAAAAAUACACACUUAUUCAAAUGCAGGUGCAAGUUUAUACAAUGAUUAUUGUAUAAAAUUCAGGUACUGGCCACUUGCAAACUUAUUUUAUAAAUUGGUUAUUGCCACAAUUCGAAUAAUAACGAAUUAUUAUGUUCCUAAAUUGAUGCUAUUAUUAUCAUUUAUAUACCUUGGAUAUGGUGUUUUGAUAUUCUUCUUGAAACCAUUCGAAAAUAAGUUUAACAAUUGGAUUGAAAUUGCAAACAAUGGAUUAAGUCUCAUUUUCUCAUUCUUACCUGUGGCUGCAUCAUUCGGGGCAAAUGUUCCUCAAAUUGUUAUGACAAUAAUGAGUACAGUUGAAACCGCAAUAUCCAUUGUGAUAUCAAUAGUUGCUUUUAUUCUUGAUAGGAGAAGUAGUAAAAAUGAGAAAAAAGCUUCAAAAUGGGACGAACUAAAUGCAAACGAGGUCAUGGAAAUAAUUAUUCUUAAGUACUUAAUUGUUUAUAUGUAUUUUGGAGCGUUAGCAGCAGGAUUAUUUUUCGGUUCAAAACUAUUUCCAAGACGUAAAAUUGGAAGAAAUGAUCUUGACCUAAUUCCUACAAAUACAUGUGUUUUCCUUGAAUACCAGACAGAUAUGGAUUUCUUGGAUACAAAUAAUUGCCUUCAUCUUUCAGAUAUCAAAGAUUCUAUUGAGUAUCUCUACUAUAUAUUAAAAUGA